AUGCCUGCCUAUCUCUCCGACGGAAACGCCGCUAUUUACAACCCUUCUCACCACGUUAUUGAUUUCGAUCCCGCCAGCUUUGGUAUCCCUUCCGAUAAGCAUUUUCCCCUUGAUGGGUCGACCAUACAACCUGCCGCUCGGCCCGACACAACCAAUGCCAGCUUUGACGAUACGUCUUCGUCAACGGCGUCAUCCUCAUCCCACUCCGAUCUCUCCGACGCCAGCCAGUCCAUUCCCAUGAACGGUCAUAGAACUAGGACACGCCAGACGAGCAUGUCCUCCGUAUCCAAUGGGCAGCCCGUCCUGCCUGGCCUCGGGGUCGAACAGAAGCCUACCAUAUCGAUGGUAAACGGCACGACAACCUUGGUUGAUAGGACGGUGACGUCGGCCAAACACCAGCAACCCUUAGCGACCGCUGUUUACCCCGAACCCCGAGACCACUCAACUGAAUACUACCCGGACGAGGCUGGCCCUGAGACGACUACACCGACUCUCGCGGCAGCUCCUUUCCCCACCGAUGCAUCAUCGACCUACUCCCACCAACAAGCGCCGUAUCGCCCUGUCCCUAAUUCUACCGCCUUUUCGACGGUUUCGGCUGCCCGAAGGUCCCCCUCCUUAUACCCCCCAACGAACGUUGUCACGCCCGCCUCUCCUACCUCCCCGCCUCCCCCGGUUCCCACGGCUUCUCUCGAUCUUCCUACUCCUCGAACGAGUGAUACUGCCCAUCGACUCUCAUAUCCUCCUCAUCACAACGCUUCAUCUUCGUCGCCGACGCUUUCUACUUCCCAAGUCCCUGGCCCGGGCCAGCUCAGACAGCGCCACACUCUCGAGGUCCCAAGAAAACAGUCCCGAGUCUCCAGGGAUGGAGCUGAUGCUGCCUUUGCCAGUGGGCGGUUCUCGCCUACCGCUCCUGGUGGGCCUGGCCCUGCCGCAUCUGUCCGUAGGGCUUCUCUGAGCCUAGCUCGACGAGCCACCCGAUCCAUCCAGUCCGAUCUUCCCAGAGACGAGGUGGCCCCCGACGAAGAUGCCCUACGUUGGGCCGAAGCCUACAGGCAAAAGCGUGCUACCAAGAAGCGGAGAAGGGAGGAAGAAGACGACGACAGGGUCUUGGUCGGAACCAAGGUUGACGAACACCACGUGAACUGGGUUACUGCCUACAACAUGCUCACUGGAAUCCGCGUGUCCGUCUCGCGAACGAACGCAAAGCUCGACCGGGAUCUAACAGAUGCUGAUUUCGAGGCGAAACAAAAAUCCACUUUCGAUAUUGCCGGAAAUGAGCUUGUGCCGUCUGCGAAAUACGACUUCAAGUUCAAGGACUACGCCCCUUGGGUUUUCCGACGACUCCGUGCCCUCUUUAGGCUCGACCCAGCAGACUAUCUCAUGUCUCUGACAGGAAAGUAUAUUCUCUCUGAGCUUGGCUCCCCGGGUAAGAGUGGGAGCUUCUUCUACUUCUCCCGCGACUACAAGUACAUCAUCAAGACCAUUCACCACUCCGAACACAAGUUUCUCCGGAAGAUACUUAAAGACUACUAUCAGCAUGUCACCGACAACCCGAACACGCUUCUCUCGCAGUUUUAUGGUCUGCAUCGCGUGAAGAUGCCUUACGGAAAGAAGAUUCACUUUGUUGUCAUGAACAAUCUCUUUCCCCCACACCGCGACAUCCACCAGACGUUCGACCUCAAGGGAUCAACCGUCGGCCGAGACUACCCCGAGAGCAAGCUCGAGGAGAACCCCCGCGCCACACUCAAGGAUCUCAACUGGAUGAGGAGGAAACGGAACCUGGAAUUGGGAAUAGAAAAGAAACGCCUGUUCCUGAGUCAGCUGCAGCGGGACGUGGCCCUGUUGAAGCGCCUCCAGAUCAUGGACUACUCGCUGCUGAUCGGCAUCCACGACCUGCAGAAGGGAAAUGAAGAGAACCUGAGGGACAAGACUUUGCGGGUUUUCAACCCCGGCGGCGAGCGACACUCGGACGAACCCGACAUUUCUGUUCUUCUCCGAACGCCCAGCAAGCUGGAGAAUGCCAAGAAGGCCAGGGAACUCCGCCAGAUGUUGCGACAGGAACGCCCCGUCCCCAUGGACCAGACGGAGAGCCGCAUGCCCGACGAGCUAGACGAGGCCAACACACGAAGUGGUUUCGUGUUUAAUCAGGACGACGGAGGGUUCAGAGCCACUCACGAAGAUAAUACACCAGCCGAUGAGGUGUAUUAUCUUGGCGUCAUUGAUUGUUUGACUCAUUACGGGGUGAUCAAGAAGAUUGAGCAUUUCUGGAAGGGUCUGUCCAGCGAUCGAACGCAGAUUUCGGCCUUGCCUCCGGACCAAUACGGCGAUAGGUUUUACCGGUUCGUUGAGGGCGUCACAAUGUCCUCCGAGCAGGCGCAACGGAAAGCACUCGUCGAAGCCGAGGCCGAAGCCACGCGUCUCGCCACCGCCGUCGAGGAGCCAGCUGAAGAAGUCUCGGACUGCAGCCGAGUCUGUCCCCCUUGGAAGUCUCACCACCGCAACUCGUCUGCCGCGGCUCCUCCCAUGCCUACGUACGCGCCACCUCUGCCGCCGGUCGCACACUUGCCUCCAAACGUGGAGAUGACGAAUGAGAAGUUUCCUGCGGACGGAGAACUGAACGAGAAAGGUCACGGAAGUGGUGGCGCCUCUUCCCAUAUCCAUGAUGGAGGAGAGUCAGCCCACGGUCAAUCACUACCAGUGGUCGACGAAGCCGCGGAAGGUUCGGUGACGGGUUCACGCAGUUUCCGCAGCGCCCGGAGUAAUCAAAGCCGCAACGGUGACGAAGAACGACCGCCGACCCCGGCGAAAGAUUCAAGGCCGGCGACUCCACCGGUCAAGAGCGUCCCACGAAAGCGUGAGGGCCCACCAACGCCACCCAAGUAUAUGAAGCCCGAGACUGCGGAUAGCGGAUACGGUGGUGUGAACGGGGUCGGCAAUGACAGCAGGGAAGGGUCCUUGAAGCUUACUAGGAAAGUCAGCCGAGAGUCUUUGGACAAGGAUCUUCCACCCCUUCCUCGCAGUGAGCAGGCGAUUAGCCUGUCUGUUGGGUGA